GUGUUGGUCUUAAUUUGUUAGUGUGUAUUGAGACAUUUUAGCGAGUAUCCUAUUUAUAUUCCCUUAACUGCUGAUAUUUCUGCGAAGUUCCACUAUUUUGUUUAUAUAUAUAUAUUUGAUAACGUUUGAGACAACUGGUAACCGAUUCUUUGUACAAAGCUCAUGCAUAAUUAAUAUAUAUAUAGUACGGCUGACGUAGCUUUUAAUUUAUAGUUGACUCGAUAAACAAUCUAGAAAGGCAGCCGGAUUUUGCUUGUAGCAGUUUUAUUGUGCUGCUCUAGGCAAUACAUUUUUCUGAACAGAGUCAGACGACUCAGAGAACUGGAUUAUGUGAAGGCGAAUGAUAAGGACAAUACGAUAUAUCUUUUCCCAUCAAGAUCUUUAUCGGUUUUUCAUCAGCCCAACUUUAAGUUUAAGCUCGAAAGGAUUCGAACUCAAGUUACAGUGGUUGUCUACUACUUCUAGCAAAAUAUCGAAUAUUUGGUUUGCUAACUGUAUCACAGUUUUACCUUCGAACAGUAUGGGAGAAACUAAUACAGUUACUAACUGCAUUGUUUCACUUUCAGACAAUUCCUCCACUUUAGACUCUGGUUGUGAUAAGAGUUCUAAAAUUGCUGAAGGAGAGUCAUAUUUUGGUUUUGAACCCAUAGCGGCUGUAACAGCAGAUGGAGAAAUAAAAAUAAGUAAAUAUAGGUCAAAAAGAACAAAUAUUUUAGUGUAUAUUGCUGAUGUUGAAGGUCCUGUAGUGAAUGGUUAUUUUUGUUUAGGAACAGAAGCUCAUGAUGAUGAUGGUUUGCCACAUACUUUAGAACACUUGAUAUUUAUGGGAAGUGAAGAUUUUCCUUAUAAAGGGACAUUAGAUUUGAUGGCAAACUGUUGCUUAUCAUCUGGAACAAAUGCAUGGACUGACACUGACCACACAUGUUAUACUUUAACAACUGCAGGAGCUGAAGGUUUUCUAACACUGCUGCCAGUGUAUUUGGAUCAUAUUCUGUAUCCUACCUUGCUGGAAUCUGCUUAUCUUACUGAAGUUCACCAUGUCACUGGUGAAGGAGAAGAUGCAGGGGUUGUGUACUGUGAAACUCAAGGAACAGAGAACACUGCAGAAAGUCUUUGUAAACUGACUUUAUUACGAGCUAUGUAUCCUGGAGAUUGUGGAUAUAGGUAUGAGACUGGGGGGCUUAUGAAGAAUAUACGGGAGAAAACAACUCAUGAUCGUGUGAAAGAUUAUCAUGGCAAAUUUUAUCGCCCUGAUAAUCUGUGUAUCAUUGUUACAGGAAAAAUUAAACCUGCUGAUCUGUUUGAAGCUAUUCUAACAAUAGAGAAGAAGAUUUUAUUAAAGUCUUAUAAUGAAGAAGGGGAGCAACCUUGGAAAAAACCUAUACCUCCCUUAACUAAGAGCUCAGAUGUUACAGUACCUUUCCCUGAUGAUGAUGAUGAAGAUUCAGGUAUUGUAAUGGUAGGGUGGAGAGGACCCUGUGUUAACCAGUUUGAGCAACUUAGUGCUAUCACAGUUCUAUUAGACUACCUUACAGAAACCUCUAUAGCAACAUUAGAGAGAGAAUUUGUAGAAAUUCCAGAUCCAUUCUGCAGUUCAGUCAAUUAUAGCAUUAUUGAGAACUUUGAGACAUGCAUAUACUUGACUUUUGAAAAUGUACCAAAAAAUAAAUUGAACAGUGUCAAAGCCAAGUUUUUAGAAAUCCUUAAGAAAUUUGAUGAUGGAACUGAGAUUAUAGAUGUAGAAAGAAUGAAUUCUGUGAUUCACAAAAAACAUCAACACCUCUUACGACAAGUUGAAAGUGAUCCUCAUGACACAAUUGCAGAAAAACUUAUUACAGACUUUUUAUAUGGAGGAUCUUUGGGAGAUCUGCAGCAAAGACUUUGUGAGAUUCCUUUGUUAAACUGUUUACUUACUGCAAAAAGUGAUUUUUGGAUUGGAUUGAUUAAAGAUUAUUUCAUAAAGCCUCCAAUAGUAGUAGUUAUUGGAAAGCCAGAUCCAUGUUUAAUGAAACAAAUGGCAGAUAAAGAAAAGGCUCGUGUUUUGAACCAAAAGAAAAUGUUAGGCAAGAAAGGAUUGCAAGAAAAAGGUAAAAUUUUAAAGGGAGCAAUCAAAAAUAAUGAAACAAAAUUACCAGAUAAUGUACUCUCAAAAGUACCAGUUCCUUCUUUAGCUAAUAUACAGUUCCAUUCAGUAACAUGUAGUAAUAACUACAGUGCUGAUGAUGCCAUAAAAAAUAAAGACUUUAUUGUUGAUACAUUGCCAUGCAGAUUUCAGUUGGAUGAUGUGAAGACAAACUUUGUUCAGAUUCUUGUACUCAUGAAUACUUGUUCUGUGCCAUCAGAGCUGCGACUUUUCCUUCCUAUUUUGAUGGAGCUGCUAGUGGAAUCUCCAGUUCUACAGAAUCAGGAACUGAUUACUUGGGAUAAAGUCAUGAAAGAGCUUGAGGCUGAUACUGUUGGAUGGUCUACAUGCUCAGGUCUUGGUGGAGAGGCUAACUUUUUCAGUGGCUGUUACACUCAGGUUGCAUAUUUAAAUUUGGUAGUUGAAAUAAACAAAUAUUUUCAAGGUGUAGAUUGGGUACAAAAGCUUAUCUACCAGACUUCAUUUAUGCCAGAGAGGAUUGCAGUCAUAGCCAAAAAAAUGAUCAACAGUAUUGCAGAUCUUAAAAGAGACGGUUCAGAAGUUGUUGCAGCUCUCAUAAACAAUAUGUGUUUCUCUUCUAGGAGCAACCACUGGGCAGAUAGCAUGUACAGACAGUAUACAUUUCUAAAGAAAAUUCUUGGCCUGAUGAUUUCCAAUCCACAACAAGUUGUUGAUUCAUUGGAUAAACUAAGGCAUCAGUUGACUAAUCCUGAAAACAUAACAGUUCAUAUGACAACCAGUGUGAAGAAAUUAUGUGCAAAAAACAACCCAAAAGUGCCUUGGGAACAUAUUUUUCUUCCUGAAAACUUUACAAAACUAUGUCACAGUAAGUUAGAAAUCCUCCACUGCCAUCAAACAUUAAACCCAUUGUCAUCAGAUUUGCCAUUAAGUGCUAUAAUAGGUGUAGGUGCAAUAGAAUCAUCAUAUUUAAUCCAGGCAGUUUCUAGCAUCAGUUCAUAUUCUGACCCAGAUAUUCCAGCUCUAUUGCUGUUAAUCCAAUAUUUGACACAGUCUGAAGGUCCAUUUUGGCAGCAGAUCCGUGGACAAGGUCUUGCUUAUCAUUACAGCAUUGACCUUCAACCAGCUGAUGGUUUGUUGUACAUGAUUUUUCAAGAGUCCACAGAUAUCGUUCAAGCCUAUCAAGCAGCAAAAGCUGUUGUUGAUGGAUACUUCUCUGGUUCCCUGAAAUGGGAUCCUUUGCUUCUGAAUUCUAGUAAAAACAGUCUAAUGUUUGAAUUCAUUGAAAAAGAGAAGACUGUUGACAGUGUUUCAUACCAGUCAAUGCUUUCAUACUUUCGUGGAGUGGACAUGAUGUACAACAGAAAGCUGAUGGAGUUGGUGUCACAAGUUUCAUUCAGUGAGAUGGAAAGAGUUGGAAAGAAAUAUUUGAUUCCACUGUUUGCACCUCAUGAAUCUCGACUGGCUAUUUGUUGUCAUCCACAAAAAGUUAAGGAGGUGAUAUCAGAGUUUAAGAAAAUUGGAAGAGAAAUUGUUUUUAUUAAAAAUCCUGAAAAGAGUUUCCUUACCCAAAUGUAAUUCACAUAAAUCUUUUUAAGUUUAAAAAAUAAUUUGAACUGCUAGUUAAAAUAAUUUAAUGCUUAAUAACUAAAUGUAUUGAUAUAAGAAAUUCAUAUUGCAAAUUAUUGCAUUAGCAAAUGUAAAAGUUAGUAAAAAGAACUCUUGAAAUAUGUGCUGCUUAAAGUUGAUUUUUAUGGAAUAAUAAAAGCCCAAAACUCUGCAGUGAUAACGUACAUCUAUUAGAGGACAUGAAUGAUUUUUAUUACAAAAUUAGCUGUUAUUGUAUUUUUCAACUUACUGAGUAAUAUCAGUUCUAUACUCUUAUCCUUACAAAUUACUCAAGUUCUUGUAAUUUAAAAAUUCUUCAGCAUCAGAGUUCAUGUAGAUAUAGCUUUGAGUGCACUUCCAGAAAAAUAAACUGUUAGAUGAGAUCCAAAUUACUGUAUCAUAAGUGGUUGGGUCUGCUCUAUGUAUAGUCACUUGCCUUAAUUAUUCAGCACUGACAUAUAAAUCCUCCUACUUUGCUUUCACUCAUAGGUUCUUAGAAUUAUCUUUAAUUUUGGUAGAAUACAUGUAAAGAGUAUUACUUCAGUAACUUUGAAAAGGUUUUUGUUUGUACAUUGUUUUUUUAUAUCGUUGCUUUUCUUUGUUUCCAUUCAGACAAAAGUCGCAAUACUUGAAUUUAUUAAAGUUAAGUAAUACAAAGUUGUGUUGAAUUAUGAUUUUCCAUGCAAAGAAUUGCUUGUUUUAUCAACUAAGCUCUUUUAUUGGGUUUUAGUGAAAUAAUUUUUAAUGAAAAAACAAACCUUAUAGCAGAAGAAAUAGUAUUUUACCACAGGUUAUGGAUUUGUUUUGUAAACUGAAAAUUUAGUAAGCUAGUAUUCUUACAAAGAAUUUUAUUUUUCAUCAGGUUUACUAAUCUUACAACUGAAAUAAUUAGAGUAUGUAAAACUUCUAGUGCACUUUAAACAUUCUCUUUGAUUUUUCUUCACUCUUGAUAGUUGUACUAAAGAGAAAACAAGGUGACAGUGUGUCACUUGUGGCAUCAAGGUUACUCUUCACCCACUGAAAUAUGAGAACAUUAUCAUGUGACAGAGGGCCAUAUAGUUCAUCAAAACCACCUUUGCAUCCAACAAAAUUCAAUGCACAAUGAGACAGAAAAUCAUAAAGUUCAUCAUGGUCACCCACCUCAACUACCAAGAACAGAGAAUCCAUCCCAAGCUAAAGAUAGCCCUUCAUAUCUGUGUUUACAGCCAACUAAAAUUUAAUCACAAUUCAAGUAACAGCACACUACAUUAUCAAGUAAAAGAUGCUUCAAAUUUAUAACUUAACAAAGAGGUGAGUAUUCCAAAGAACAAAUCUGGACAUAGGAUUGUUAAGCUAAAUUUAAUACUGACAUUUUGAAUCAUAUUUAUCCUUCACUCAACAGACUGCUCAUAGGCAACUUAUUAAUACCCAUAAUAAUAUUAAACAUUCAAAUCAACUUGAUUCUUUUUGGCUACAGGCUGGAUGUGGUCUAGUAGUUAGCAUGGCAGGAAUGUGGAUACAAGGAUUUAUGUUUCAUGUCCCAUUGCCACAAAAACAUGCUCCACACUUUGGAGUCAUGAAUGCACUGUAAUAAUAAUGGUCAUAUUCCACUGUUUGGUCAGAAAAAAGUUGGUGAUAGGUGUUGUUGAAUAACUGCUAUCUGUUUAGUCUACCUGUUCAAAAUUUAUCUUGCACAAAAGUUUUACUAAAAAGUCAAGCAAAGACUAAGUAUAACAAGUCCAACUGUUUAGGCUUGUUUCCGUAAUUAAAAUUUUGAAACAUGAUAAAAUUCUAAUAACUCAAUUUGCAAUCUUUCCAGAAACCAGUAUCUUUCUUGUAAUAUUAAACCAAAAAUUGUACAAUACCUUAAAUGAGGCCUUAUCAAAAUAACAUAUAUAUAUAUACAAGAUGACAAUAUAAUUUUUUUACUUUAAAUCAAGAAUUUCUCUAAAUAAAUCCCAGAACAUCAUAAAUCCUUUUUUAAAAUAUAAACAAGUAUGACUAAGACAAUUAUGAGUUUUUAUUUUAGCUUCUGAGAUAUUCAAUUCCUUUGAUAUUUAAGUCAUCAUUAAUAACACUGUUGUUACAGAAAUUUAAAAUACUUCCCACAAAGAAAUUAUCCAGUAAAAUUUGAGCUCUAGAAUUUAAUGACAUCAAGUUUUUCAUAUUCCGUAUUUCGAAUAUUUUUUAUGAGAAAAACCCAAUAAAAGAAUGGUUUAAAUAUUUGUAUAUGCAAUUAAAGAACCUGAUACAUAGCUUAAACUUGGCUUUAUUGUACUUACUAUUUAUCAUGUUAACUCUGAAUGAUGUAAUUAUGUAUUUACAUGGUAUUCGUAAAGCUGUCAUUACUUGACCAGUUAGUAAUGCUAUCAGCAUUUUCAUUUUAAUUAUGUAGAAUCAAACUUAGCAUUACUUAGAUUUAAUCGUAUUAAUAGUAAGAGCAGUGUCCAAUGUCUGUAGAACUUUUGGAGUUGUUAUAUAUUCACAGUUUUUCAUAGCUUGGUUCAAGUAGGAGAGAUCACACUAAGUUCUGAGAGGCAUAUGGCUAAUUAUAAAGCUAAUUUCAAAAACUUUGUAUUGUUAGAAUUUGAAUAAGCAGAGAAUUAUAAUGAAAUAAUUUACCAACUACUGUACAUGUAAUUCUGGCAGCAAUAAGAAUGAAUUAGUCCAUGCUACUCCUCAAACUCAGAUUUUUGACCUCAUUCCUACUACAGCUACUUAAAUUCUUGUCCAUAUCUGUGCAUAAAAUGUUCAAGGAAUUAAGAUUAUUAGCAUUAGGUGCAAAAUUUUCAGAAUUUCAGAAAAAAAAUGUUUUUCUUGAGAUAUAAAGAUUUUUGAAAUCAUUAAUGUCCUGUCAGUUCAUAGCUUAGGCAAAAUUACAGUAGGUAAUGUAUGUAAUCCAGUAACCAGCUUAAAAACAUCAGUUAUAUUGCCCUUGGUUUUUCUCUUUUCCAUUCUAAAUGAAAGGAUCCUUUUGAAAAUAUAGACUCAUAAGUUUGGUAAUGAUGGCUUGAAUAAAGAGGUAAAAAUUUGAUACGAAGUUUGAAAACUUAAAUCUGAGUCUAAUAUCAGUAUACAGAUUUGCUGGGUAUUGCUUUGAUAUGUCAGAUCAACCAAUUUCCUCAUUGAAUUGUUCUUGAACAUGCAAAUUCCUGUAUUAUGGUUAGCAAGUAAAAAUCGGUUUACUAUUAUUCAGCUGGAAAUAAAAAGUGUAAAAAGACUUUCACUUUUUCACCAUUACAUGAAUGAAUAUGGUUUAAUGGCUUGAACUUCUCAUAUAAAGUAUGGAGUGAUACAUUAAUUAACUAGAAAAAAUAGAAAUUACUUAACAAACACUAAAUGUUCCUAUUAUGAAAGUUUAAAACUUCUUUGCUCUUUUAACACAGUUGAUAUUCUAGCCAGUGGUUUACAUUCUGCAACAUAGGAAGAUUAUUAAGCUGUAGUCUUAUAAAGAAUAUUUUUGUCAUUAUGUAUGUGUGCAUUUUUACCAAAUAUGAUCUUGCUUUUUAAAAAAGUUUGAAUAAAAUGGAAUAAGCUUUUUUCUCAUUGAUCACACAACAUGGUGAGAGUUUGGAAAUCACAUAAUUAUAAUUAUAAAAUUUAAGUCUCAUUUUAAAAUCUUUUAUGUUUGUUUCAAGGAAAACAACUUAAAAUAAGCAUUAAAUAAGAUUUUCAGUAAUAGUUGGAUGUGAUUCUUCUGAUAUAUCUAACAUAAUAUUACAAACUGCACAUGAGUAAUAUUUUUAUCAACACCAACCUGGAAAACACA